UGCCCCGUCAGGCGAGGCGGGGCGGGAAGCCCGAGGGCAGCCGGGGGAGGGAAGAAGCCGAGAGCUGCCCCGGCCAUGGCCACGGCCCCGGCGGGCUCGGCCUCAGCCUCGGGCUGCCCCCCGGAGCUGGCCGCCGUGCCCAUGGUGGCGCUCAACUACGGCGUGCGGCGCCGCCUCGGCCUCUACCUCAACCCCCGCACCGCCGCGGCCGCCGACUGGACGGCGCUGGCCGAGGAGCUGGGCUGCGAGUACCUGGAGAUCCGGCGGCUGGAGGCGCUGCCCGACCCCACCGGGGCGCUGCUGGACGAGUGGCAGAGCCGCUGCCCCGGCGGGGCCACCGUGGGCCGCCUGCUCGAGCUCCUGCACCGCCUGGAGCGCCACGACGUCUUGGUUGACCUGGCCGCCAGCGUGGAGGAGGACUGCAAGAAGUACUUGAAGAGGAAGCAGCAGCAAGCCGACCAGCCGCUGCAGGUGCCGGCGGUAGACAGCAGCGUGCCGAAGACGUCGGAGCUGAUGGGCAUCACCACCAGGGACGAUCCGUACGGGAACGGAACAGAGCUGUUUGAUGCCUUCAUCUGCUACUGUCAGAAAGACCUUCAGUUUGUCCAGGAGAUGAUCAGAGAGCUGGAACAAACAGAGUUCAAACUGAAGCUCUGUGUCUUUGAUCGGGAUGUCUUGCCAGGAACGUGUGUGUGGUCCAUCAGUGGAGAACUUAUCGAAAGGAGGUGUCGGAGGAUGGUGGUCGUCAUUUCAGACGAUUACCUGGAAAGCGACGAAUGUGAUUUUCAGACCAAAUUUGCUCUUAGUCUUUCCCCAGGCGCUCGUCUCAAACGGCUGAUUCCAGUGAAGUGCAAAGCCAUGAAGAACGAGUUUCCAAGUAUCCUGCGGUUCAUCACAAUCUGCGAUUACACCAAUCCUUGCACCAAAAAAUGGUUCUGGACAAGACUGGCAAAAUCCCUCAUGCUGCCGUGACACAAAGUUACGAGUGCUGGCUGCUCUUUUUUAAUUUAUCCUGCCUGUGCCUUCGGACCACGGUGUCGCUCACGCAGUGCCUUUCACCACUGCAGAACUUGGAUCCUCACAAUCAGUGUUUGGAGCCUGCGACUGGGAGCAAAGAAUUUUCUCUUUUUCUUAACUUGUAAGGGGAGAUAAAGGAACUGCCCAGGUGUUCCUGUUGGAGUCAGUGAGCAACAGCGUCCAGCAUUUCGUGUAGUAAGAACUUUUACUGGAGAUAUAGGAAAUACACAUUUAAAAACUGAGUCACGAACAUGGGAAGGCCACUUGUAAGCGUUUAAUGAGACCCGGGAACAUAAAAUGCUGGUAUAAGAUAAGAAAUGAUAAAAGCCUCAAACUGCAGGCGUUUUUAACCAAAACUGUCAUGCCAUUUUAAAAGCUCUCUAAGGGCUAUAGUGACGUUUAGGGUUGGUGUCUUUUUAACAUGUCAGUGAAAUCCCACGGCUGCUCAGUGAUCCGCAGGAGGGGAGGCUUCGGACUCUGGUUCCCCCUUGGGGAAUGGCCAGCACCAGAAUGACCAAUUUUGGCACCAAAAUUGACCACAUCUUAUGAUCUGCGCUGCAGCCCGGCUUUUGGGCAGCACAGGGGAAUGUGUGUGCUCAGACCCUGGCCUGUCUUUGUUUCCCUUGGUCGUUGUUUGCAAAAGAACGGAAUAUUUUAAUUGUCAAAGCAAUGCAAAGAAAUGAAUGGUUCUACCUCUGUUCGUAGCAAUAUCAGCAAAAUCAGCGCCGUUAUCCUUGCAAUUAGAACCAAUGCAGAAUCACUGAACUCAGAUUUAUUUUCUGCGGAUGUUUCCAUCCUUAAGCUCUAUCACAGGAUUCCCGGUCCGUGUUCAUUUACAGCGUAAAUCCCUUGACACUUGCACUUUCCGAGGUAGUUCCCCAGAUUUGACAGAAGUGAUUUUUUUUGCUCAUCGAAGCGAGAACUGCGAGGAAGGACACGCUCUUGCAGCGUGUCUGCCUGUGUUCAGGUGACGUGUGAUUAAGCAGCGUGUCUUACACCAGGGUUUUAUAUUCCCAGACCUUGUUAAAUGUUUACAACAGACGCACUCGUUAGUAGAGAAUCAGUCUUUAACUCUGUAUGUUCAGGGGAAGGCCUUGCUACAUAAAGUGCAGGAUGCUUUUGCUCAUCGACUGGAACAGGAACAGAGCUGGGCACCUACAUGGGUCCGGCUCUUAAACUGUGUGACCUUUAAGAGCCUGCCAGAAGUACAUCAGCUUUUGGGAUGCCUCAAAGGCACAGGGAUAAAUAUCAAAUAAAAAGUGUACUGAAUUA